AUGCAGAAGGGGAUCCGGCUGAACGAUGGCCACGUCGCGUCCCUGGGGCUGCUGGCGCGCAAGGACGGAACGCGCAAAGGCUACCUGAGCAAGCGGAGUUCGGACAACACAAAAUGGCAAACCAAGUGGUUCGCGCUGCUGCAGAACCUGCUUUUCUACUUCGAAAGCGACUCGAGCUCGAGGCCCUCAGGGCUUUACCUGCUGGAGGGCUGCGUCUGCGACCGCGCGCCCUCCCCCAAGCCUGCGCUCUCAGCCAAGGAGCCGCUGGAGAAACAGCAUUAUUUCACGGUGAACUUCAGCCAUGAGAACCAGAAGGCUUUGGAGCUGAGGACCGAGGAUGCAAAGGACUGUGACGAAUGGGUGGCGGCCAUCGCUCAUGCCAGCUACCGGACGCUGGCCACGGAGCAUGAAGCACUGAUGCAGAAGUACCUGCACCUGCUGCAGAUCGUGGAGACGGAGAAGACAGUGGCCAAGCAGCUGCGGCAGCAGAUCGAGGACGGGGAGAUCGAGAUUGAGCGGCUGAAGGCAGAGAUCGCGUCCUUGCUCAAGGACAACGAGCGAAUCCAGUCCACCCAGACCGUCACCCCCAACGACGAGGACAGUGACAUCAAGAAAAUCAAGAAGGUGCAGAGCUUCCUGCGGGGCUGGCUGUGUCGCCGCAAGUGGAAGACCAUCAUCCAGGACUACAUCCGCUCGCCCCACGCCGACAGCAUGCGCAAGAGGAACCAGGUCGUGUUCAGCAUGCUGGAGGCGGAGGCCGAGUACGUGCAGCAGCUGCACAUCCUGGUCAACAACUUCCUGCGCCCCCUGCGCAUGGCCGCCAGCUCCAAGAAGCCCCCCAUCACUCACGACGACGUCAGCAGCAUCUUCCUCAACAGCGAGACCAUCAUGUUCCUGCACCAGAUCUUCUACCAGGGCCUGAAGGCCCGAAUCUCCAGCUGGCCCACUCUGGUCCUUGCCGACCUGUUCGACAUCCUGCUGCCGAUGCUCAACAUCUACCAGGAGUUUGUGCGCAAUCACCAGUACAGCCUGCAGAUCCUGGCCCACUGCAAGCAGAACCGCGACUUCGACAAGCUGCUCAAGCAUUACGAGGCCAAGCCCGACUGCGAGGAGAGGACACUAGAGACCUUCCUCACCUACCCCAUGUUCCAGAUCCCCAGGUACAUCCUGACGCUGCACGAGCUCCUGGCCCACACUCCUCACGAGCACGUGGAGCGAAACAGCCUGGACUAUGCCAAGUCCAAGCUAGAGGAACUGUCCAGGAUAAUGCACGAUGAAGUCAGCGAGACGGAAAACAUCCGGAAAAAUCUGGCCAUCGAGCGCAUGAUUAUUGAAGGCUGCGAGAUCCUGCUGGAUACCAGCCAGACUUUUGUGAGACAAGGCUCCCUCAUCCAGGUGCCCAUGUCGGAAAAGGGCAAGAUCACCAGGGGGCGCCUGGGGUCUCUGUCUCUAAAGAAGGAGGGCGAGCGCCAGUGCUUCCUGUUCUCCAAGCACCUGAUCAUCUGCACCAGAGGCUCUGGCGGGAAACUGCACCUGACCAAGAAUGGAGUCGUAUCCCUCAUCGACUGCACCUUGUUGGAGGAGCCGGAGAGUACGGAGGAGGAAGCCAAAGGGUCUAGCCAAGACAUGGACCACCUGGAUUUUAAGAUCGGGGUGGAGCCCAAGGACUCCCCGCCCUUCACUGUCAUCCUCGUGGCUUCGUCCAGACAGGAGAAGGCGGCAUGGACCAGCGACAUCAGCCAGUGUGUCGACAACAUCCGGUGCAAUGGACUCAUGAUGAACGCCUUUGAGGAAAAUUCCAAGGUCACAGUGCCACAGAUGAUCAAGUCGGACGCCUCCUUGUACUGCGACGACGUGGACAUCCGCUUCAGCAAGACCAUGAACUCCUGCAAAGUGCUGCAGAUCCGCUACGCCAGCGUGGAGCGGCUGCUCGAGCGGCUCACGGACCUGCGCUUCCUGAGCAUCGACUUCCUCAACACCUUCCUGCACUCCUACCGCGUCUUCACCUCCGCCGUGGUGGUGCUGGACAAGCUCAUCACCAUCUACAGGAAGCCCAUCAGCGCCAUCCCCGCCAGGUCCCUGGAGCUCCUUUUCGCCAGCGGCCAGAACAACAAGCUCCUGUAUGGGGACCCACCCAAGUCCCCACGUGCCACCCGCAAGUUCUCCUCACCACCACCGCUGUCCCUCACCAAGACGUCCUCCCCCAGCCGCCGGCGCAAGCUGUCCCUGAACAUCCCCAUCAUCACGGGCGGCAAGGCCCUGGACCUGGCCGCGCUCGGCUGCAGCUCCAACGGCUACACCAGCAUGUACUCGGCCAUGUCGCCCUUCAGCAAGGCCGCGCUGGACACCAGCAAGCUCUACGUGUCCUCGGGCAGCUUCGCCAACAAGAUCUCGGACGAGGCAGACACAGCCGUCGAGAGGCCGGAAGACCCCUCGGCCCUCAGCAAGCAGAGCUCGGACGUCUCCAUGAGGGAAGAGUCCGAUACCGAUCAAAACCAGAGCGACGAUGCAGACACCGAGACAUCCCCGACCAAAUCUCCGACGACACCAAAAUCUGUCAAGAGCAAAAAUUCCUCAGAGUUCCCGCUCUUUUCCUACAACAACGGGGUCGUCAUGACAUCCUGCCGUGAGCUGGACAACAGCCGCAGCGGCCUGUCGGCGGCCUCCGCCUUCGCCAUAGCGACCGCGGGUGCCAACGAGGGCACCCCGAACAAGGAGAAGUACCGGAGGAUGUCCUUGGCCAGCGCAGGGUUUCCCCCUGACCAGAGGAACGGAGACAAAGAGUUCGUGAUCCGCAGGGCGGCCACCAACCGUGUCCUGAACGUGCUGCGCCACUGGGUGUCCAAGCACUCGCAGGACUUUGAGGCCAACGAGGAGCUCAAGGGCAAGGUGAUUGGCUUCCUGGAGGAGGUGAUGCACGACCCAGAGCUGCUGACCCAGGAGCGGAAGGCCGCGGCCAACAUCAUUCGGACUCUGACACAGGAGGACCCAGGGGACAAUCAGAUCACGCUGGAGGAGAUCACUCAGAUGGCCGCUGGUGUGAAGGCCGAGCCCUUUGAGAGCCACUCGGCUCUGGAGAUCGCGGAGCAGCUGACCCUGCUGGACCACCUUGUCUUCAAAAAGAUCCCUUACGAGGAGUUCUUCGGACAAGGCUGGAUGAAACUGGAAAAAAACGAGAGGACCCCGUACAUCAUGAAAACCACGAAGCAUUUCAACGACAUCAGUAACUUGAUUGCUUCCGAAAUCAUCCGGAAUGAAGACAUCAACGCGAGGGUGAGCACCAUCGAGAAGUGGGUGGCAGUGGCGGACAUCUGCCGCUGCUUGCACAACUACAAUGCUGUGCUGGAGAUCACCUCGUCCAUGAACCGAAGCGCCAUCUUCCGGCUGAAAAAGACAUGGCUCAAAGUCUCCAAGCAGACAAAAGCUUUGAUUGAUAAGCUCCAAAAGCUUGUGUCAUCAGAGGGCAGAUUUAAGAAUCUGAGAGAAGCUCUGAAAAAUUGCGACCCACCGUGUGUCCCUUACCUGGGGAUGUACCUCACCGACCUGGCCUUCAUUGAAGAGGGGACCCCCAAUUACACGGAGGACGGCCUGGUCAACUUCUCCAAGAUGAGAAUGAUAUCCCACAUUAUCCGAGAGAUUCGCCAGUUUCAACAAACCGCCUACAAAAUAGACCACCAAGCGAAGGUGACCCAGUAUUUACUGGACCAGUCCUUUGUCAUGGACGAAGAAAGCCUCUACGAGUCUUCUCUGCGAAGAGAACCCAAACUCCCCACCUGAGGGGGGCCCCCGGGCCCUGCCGGCCGCUCCCACGGGACACGCGCUAUGUUAAUACUGUACAUACUCGUUCGGUCUCUGGAUUUUUUUUCUUCAGUAUGUGCUUCUCCAAGAAUACAGACCUGUUCCCGUUCUUAGAUUCCUGUAGAACCAGACUAUGACUCUCGGCACCGUUUCCGACUCCCCCU